AUGCCUUACAACACUACAGCUAUUCCUCCUCGCAAGGAGCCUACAGGACAAAACCAACUUCCGCUCUCAAGAGUCAAGAAGAUUAUUGCACAAGAUCCCGAGAUCGCCCUCUGCUCCAACAAUGCAGCUUUCGUGAUAACACUCGCUGCCGAGAUGUUUGUCCAGCAUCUGGCAGAAGAAUCACACAAGCAAGCCAAGCUAGACCGCAAGCCCCGUCGAAACAUCCAAUACAAGGAUGUUGCCUCUGCUGUCGCACACCAUGACAACCUCGAGUUUCUCGAAGACACUGUGCCAAAGACGGUUCCUUACAAGCACAUCAAGGCCGCCGCCAAGGCGACACAAGCACGUCUUCAAGGUGAUAACACCAACAACCAGACUAUCAACUUUCCCGUGGCGAACGGCGCUAAGAAGCCUCACGUCAACGGCAGCUCAAUGGGCGCUUCUGCGCAUCUCAACGACGACCAAAACAACCUCAACUCACAAAUGGAACUGGAAGUACGACAGGCGAGUGGCGUGAACCGGGACGGAGAUGUGACCAUGUCAGGCUAG